GGAAUUGACACAACGCUUGCCUGGAAGACCCAAAACCGAGAUUUGCAAACUUCAUUACGCAGGACUGAACACCUUUAUCAAUGGUAAAUGCUGAGAAAGUCAUUAUAAUACAUAAUAAUAAUUGUACAUUGAUAUUGAGGCACUCGUGAAAGACCGUUUUUUUUUCUCCAGAGAAUCGUGGACGGCAAAACAUAGUGAAGCAGGACAAUGGAAGUGGGCAGGCAACUGUUGGUAAAGAUGAGGAUGAAGAGGAAGGGCGAGUUCACCUCAGUCCCUGUAUUACCACAGGGCCUCGAGGUCCAUCUCUACCUGGAAGACUCUCCCCAGCUGGAGUUUCUCCGAGGUUGUUACACUGCUGAGGAGCUGUGCACAAAGGCAGCCAAGAAGUGCGGCAUUUCCCCUCUUUGCUGCAAUUUGUUUGCCCUGUAUGAUGAGGUCAGGAAAAUCUGGUUCCCUCCGAAUCACACCUUCAAGGAAAGCAGCCGUUUAAAGCUCCACUAUCGCAUGAGGUUCUACUUCACCAACUGGCAUGGUGCGAAUGAGAGUGUGCCACGUGUUUGCAGACACACCCUCAAGAGUAAGAACAGCAAUGAACCAGAGGGUAACCCCCUCCUUGACACUGCCUCACUGAAGUAUCUGUUUGCCCAGGGUCAGCAUGACUUCCUGAAGGGGUGGGCCACACUGGGUAACCCUCAGAAUGAAGAGGAGGUCCACUAUAUUGAGAAUGAGUGCCUGGGGAUGGCAGUGUUGUCUAUCUCACACCAUGCCCUGGACAACAACAUCGUCAUCCCUGGUGUAGCAGGGCAAAUCAGCUAUAAGAAAUAUAUCCCAGAUAGAGUGAACCAAAUCAUCAAGCAGCGCAACUUCCUGACCCGACUCCGUAUCUCCCGGGUGUUCCAGGACUUCCUCAGCGAGUUCAACAACAAGACAGUGCAGAGCGACAACGUCAGCACCCACGACAUCAAGGUCAAAUACCUAGCUACAUUGGAAACUCUGACCUGUGGGUUCGGCUGUGAGGAGUACGAGCCCAAAGUGCUCCGUGUGACGGACAGCGAAGGGGAGAUCCAAGGAACACCCACUUCCUGUAACCAGGGUCAGCCCACCCAGUACCAAGUCCUUGUGUCUGGAAAUACAGGGAUCAAGUGGCGGAGGAAGCUACAGAAUGUGACAAAUGCAUGGACUGCCAAAGAGAAGAAAAAAUCCCUAAAGCACAAAACCAACAUCAACCUGACGAACAAACCACCUCAAGGCGUUUCGAACGACUGGAAAACCUUCUCCGAUUUCCAUGAGAUCACACACAUCAACAUCAAGGGCUCUGCAGUCACUGUCCACAAGCAGGACAACAAAAAUAUGGAACUGGGCCUGGGUUUCCAUGCAGAGGCGUUGUCUUUUGCCGCCCUUAUUGAUGGAUACUUCCGUCUGACGGUGGACGCACAUCACUUCCUGUGUACAGAUGUGGCCCCUCCCUCUGUGGUGCGGAACCUGCAGGAAGGCUGUCAUGGGCCAAUCAGCAUGGACUACACCUCCCACAAGCUGCGUCAGGAGGGCGAGGAGGAGGGCAUGUACGUCCUGCGCUGGAGCUGCAUCAACUAUGACCACAUCCUCCUGACUGUCACAGGCAACGAGGUGGACCUGACCAAUAGUCGUCCGUACCGUAGCUUUAAGAUCGAGGUGGGGCCGGAGGGCUACAGCCUGAAUGGUACGGACCUGAGGCAGCCCUCCCUCAGGGAGCUGACGGAACAGCUGAGGGGCCAGACUCUCAGUACAGACAGAGGCUUCUUCCAGCUCCGCAAGGCCUGCCCUCCCCAGCCCAGAGAAAUCUCUAACCUUCUGUUCGUGACAAAGAGAGAGGCGGAGCCGACACAUCCCAUACAGAGUCAACUCAUCUUCCACAGGAUCCUCAAAGAGGACAUUUUGCAGGAGGAGCACUUGGGCUGUGGCACCAGAACUAACAUCUAUGCUGGCAAACUGAAGAUAAAGUGUGAGGAAGAGAAGGAUGUAUGGGGUUCCCAAACCCACCACCAGGUCAAAGUGGUCCUGAAAAUGCUGCGGUCCCAACACAGGGACAUCUCUAUGGCUUUCUUUGAGACGGUCAGUAUGAUGCAUCAGGUGUCCCACCAACACAUCGCUCUGCUGCAUGGUGUCUGUGUUCGCAACCAGGACAAUAUCAUUGUGGAGGAGUAUGUGAAGCUGGGUCCUCUGGAUGUGUUCAUGAAGGGGUGUCGUCUUCAACUCAGCACUUCCUGGAAAUUCCAGGUGGCCAAACAACUGGCCAGCGUCCUCAGCUACCUGGAGGAUAAGAAGCUGGUCCAUGGUUAUGUGUCUGCUAAGAACAUCCUAGUGGAGCGGGAUGGCCUGGAGGGAGAGACUGGGCCCUUCAUCAAACUCAGUAGCCCUGGGGUCCCCAUCUCCGCACUCAACAGACAAGAGUGUGUGGAGAGGAUUCCGUGGAUCGCCCCAGAGUGUGUGAGGGACAGCCAGGUCCUGAGUGUUGCGGUGGAUAAGUGGGGCUUCGGCACCACGCUGUGGGAGAUCUGCUAUGAUGGAGAGGCUCCUCUCAAAGACAAGAAACUCAUAGAGAAGGAGAUGUUCUACUCGGCCCAGUGUUCCCUGGUGACCCCAGACUGCCCUCAGCUGGGUGAGCUCAUCACCAAAUGCAUGACCUACGACCCCAAGAGGAGGCCCUUCUUCAGGGCCAUAGUCAGGGACCUCACCGGGGUGGCUGAGCAGAACCCUGCUCUGCCUCCUGGUAGGGUGCCCAUCCAGGAAGUGGACCCCACCGUGUUUGAAACCAGGUUCCUCAGGAAAAUCAAAGACCUGGGUGAGGGUCACUUUGGCAAGGUGGAGUUGUGUCAGUAUGACCCCCGUGGGGACGGUCGAGGGCAGCUUGUGGCGGUCAAGUCUCUGAAGCCAGAGAGCAGAGGUCAGCUGUGGAGAGAGAUAGACACCAUGAGAGAACUAUACCACCACAACAUUGUCAAAUACAGAGGAGUGUGUAGCGAGGAUGGUGGGAGAACCACUAAGCUGAUCAUGGAGUACCUGCCAGCGGGGAGCCUGAAGGACUACCUGCCCUGGAGGAAACACCAGACUGACCUCAGGAGACUCCUCCACUACGCCCUCCAGAUCUGCCAGGGAAUGGAUUACUUGGGAUCCCAGCGGUUCAUCCACCGGGAUCUGGCGGCUCGGAACGUUCUGGUGGAGAACGAGAGCACGGUGAAGAUCGGAGACUUUGGCCUGACCAAGAGCAUGAAGGAGGACAAGAGUUACUACACUGUCAGAGAGGAGACCGACAGCCCUGUGUUCUGGUACGCUCCCGAGUGCCUGGUGGACUGUAAGUUUUACCCUGCGUCUGACGUGUGGUCCUUCGGGGUGACCCUCUAUGAGUUGUUGACCUACUGUGAGACAAGCAGCAGUCCUACCACGGUAUUCUUGGAGAUGCUUCGUCCAAUCCAGGGUCAGAUGAAUAUCACCCAAUUGGUGGAAGUGCUGAUGGCCGGCAGGAGGCUGCCUUGUCCACCUCACUGCCCGGAUGCGGUAUACUCUCUGAUGAGGAGGUGUUGGGAGAGUUCCCCGGAGAACAGGAUUCUGUUCAAAGACCUGAUCACAGAGCUGGAGCUGCUGCUGGAUGAGAGGCACGGAGGAGAUGGACUGGCUGUCUGACCUGACGAAGCUGCAGCUGGACGAGAGGCACGGAGGAGAUGGACUGGCUGUCUGACCUGACGAAGCUGCAGCUGGACGAGAGGCACGGAGGAGAUGGACUGGCUGUCUGACCUGACGAAGCUGAAGCUGCAGCUGGACGAGAGGCACGGAGGAGAUGGACUGGCUGUCUGACCUGACGAAGCUGCAGCUGGAUGAGAGGCACGGAGGAGAUGGACUGGCUGUCUGACCUGACGAAGCUGCAGCUGGACGAGAGGCACGGAGGAGAUGGACUGGCUGUCUGACCUGACGAAGCUGCUGCUGGACGAGAGGCACGGAGGAGAUGGACUGGCUGUCUGACCUGACGAAGCUGGAGCUGCUGCUGGAUGAGAGGCACGGAGGAGAUGGACUGGCUGUCUGACCUGACGAAGCUGCAGCUGGACGAGAGGCACGGAGGAGAUGGACUGGCUGUCUGACCUGACGAAGCUGAAGCUGGACGAGAGGCACGGAGGAGAUGGACUGGCUGUCUGACCUGACGAAGCUGCUGCUGGACGAGAGGCACGGAGGAGAUGGACUGGCUGUCUGACCUGACGAAGCUGCUGCUGGACGAGAGGCACGGAAGAGAUGGACUGGCUGUCUGACCUGAUGAAGCUGAAGCCGCAGCUGGACGAGAGGCACGGAGGAGAUGGACUGGCUGUCUGACCUGAUGAAGCUGAAGCCGCAGCUGGAUGAGAGGCACGGAGGAGAUGGACUGGCUGUCUGACCUGACGAAGCUGCAGCUGGACGAGAGGCACGGAGGAGAUGGACUGGCUGUCUGACCUGACGAAGCUGGAGCUGCUGCUGGAUGAGAGGCACGGAGGAGAUGGACUGGCUGUCUGACCUGACGAAGCUGACAUAGAUGGAUAGAUAAUAAUACUAGUGAUGGACUGAUAUGACAUUUAUGACCAAUAUCCCAUAUUUUCCUUGCCAAAAACAAACUGAAAUUUUAGCAGCCUUUUAAGCAUUAUAGUACAGUUAAAUAGUUAACACACACACACACACGGACGCAGAGGUCUAAGGCACUGCAUCUUAGUGCAAGAGGCGUCACUACAGUCCCUGGUUCAAAUCCAGGCUGUAUCACAUCCGGCCGUGAUUGGGAGUACCGUAGGGCAAUGCACAAUUGGCCCAGCGUCUUCCGGGUUUGGCCGGGGUAGGCCGUCAUUGUAAAUAAGAAUUUGUUCUUAACUAACUUACCUAGUUAAAGAAAUCCACACUGACCAAAAAUGUAUUUUGUUGGCAUUUACGUAUGUCCCCAUUACCAGUAAAACAUAAUCAAUCUAUUUACUUCACUUACUUACUGUGCUGUUUCAUUGUUCAGUUGUUUCAUUCUCAACCAGGAUGUCAUCAUACAUGUCAAGCAGUGACGUUUCAGCUCUGCCUGUGCCCGACCAGUCGGCGAAAGCCAACAUCACCCACGACAGAGAACGGUUGAUUGUCAAGGGCAAUGAAAUCCAUUAUCUUGGCGUUGAUGGAUUUCACCUUUGCAUUGUCUCUCUGAAAAUGUUCUUACUCUUUCAAAUGACUGCUGGACUUAUUGGCGACUCGAUCCACACAGCAGACAUUGUGGGCCAGGUUAGGAAUGCUGUGUUGCACGUGUAGUGUAAAAUGUUACGUGAUGUCAUUAUAUAGGUAUACAUGUCAGCUUUGACAUCGGUGUUAAACUAGACAUCGGGCCGAUGUUGGCAUUUUUAGCUAAUAUCGGCCAAUUUCGAUAUGUUCACUGAUAUCGUGCAACCUUAAAUAAUAGAAUUCAUAUCAUAAUAUUUAUGCCAUUUAGACACUUUUUAUCCAAAUAGAUGGAUGGAUGAAAACACAGUCGACAAAGAUGGACAGAAAGCACAGACAGAAAGCUCACUUGUCAAACGAUAACAAGCAAUAUAAUAGGAGAACAAAUAUAGGCUAGAUUGAAAACUGGACACUGUAGCACUCAGCCAUUAGGUUAGCCACUGUAGCCCCCUACCACACCCAACCCUGUUCUCUCACACUGGAGCCCCCUACCACACCCAACACUGUUCUCUCUAUGACCAGUUUGGCCUACCAUCCCUCACAAGCAGAUUACAAAUGAACUGGUUCAACCUUACUAAAACCCUUACUGGCUAAGCCCCAGUCCUGUCCUUCUACAGCCUACACUCUCAAAUCAAAUCACACUUCAUUACUUACUGGCUAAGCCCCAGUCCUGUCCUUCUACAGCCUACACUCUCAAAUCAAAUCACACUUCAUUACUUACUGGCUAAGCCCCAGUCCUGUCCUUCUACAGCCUACACUCUCAAAUCAAAUCACACUUCAUUACUUACUGGCUAAGCCCCAGUCCUGUCCUUCUACAGCCUACACUCUCAAAUCAAAUCACACUUCAUUACUUACUGGCUAAGCCCCAGUCCUGUCCUUCUCCCAGUCCUUCUACAGCCUACACUCUCAAAUCAAAUCACACUUCAUUUGCCACAUGCACCGAAUACAACAAGUGUAGACUUACUGAAAUGAAAUGCUUACUUACAAGCCCUUAACCAACAGUGCAGUUCAAGAAGAAGAAAAUAUGUUUAUAUAGUAAUAAAGUACAAGAAGUUUUCACAU